CUUUUGGCGCUUCUUCUCUCACUUUCAGUCGCAUUUUUACGUUCUGUUUUUAUCUUUUCGUACCCAUUUGGCGUUUUGGUGUUGUUAUUGUUGUUGUUGUUGUCGUUGUUUGUUUUGAUGUGAAAGAAGAAAGACCCAACAAAGUUAAAUAAGUAAAUAGGAAAAUUAAUAAUUUCUUUUGGGGUUGGUUUUUUUCCUUAUUGGUUUUGUGAGAAUAAUUUCUUGGGUAUAUAUGGUUUAGUUAUGCAAGCUUCUGUUUCUGGAGAUUACGUGGUUUUGUUGAUGGUUUUUUCACGUGGUGGGUCAAGUAGAGUGGUGGUUGUAAAAAUGCUGUCUUAGAAUCCAGGGACUGAAUUUUUAUAAGGGCACUUUGGUUCUUUUUGGGAGGGGUUUCAAAGCUACGGGGAUUUAGACUGGAUUUUAUCAAAAAAGAAAGCUCAUGUACUCCAAAAGAAAAGCUACAGCCUCUUACCUCUCUCUGGUCUGGUCAUGUUGACGAUUUGAAAGUUUGUGUGUACGCUUUGCUCAAAAUUUUAUUCCAGAGGAAACCCAUCUCAUUUGGAUCCAAAUUCAAAUUCAGAGUCAGUUUGUCUGUUUCACCUUUUGAAACUAUUCCUGUUUGCUCACAUUGACCCAGUGAUUUGAAGCCUGAAAGCAGUGGCUAGCGUAAUAGCACAGAUAAGAGAGGUCUACUCUUGCUCUGUGCCGUUUAGCUUUUCUGCAUCUCAUGCCAAAUACUGUGUUCUGAAUCUUUCAUACAUUCUAGCGUCAGAAGCUGUAAAAUCAGUAACAUUUUAAAAUUUUUUUUUUUUAAUUAAAGCAGAGAAUCUGUAUCUUGCUUUCAGAGCCAAAAGGGAAGAAGGUAGAUCUUUGUUGGGUUACUAAUUUUGGAAUAUUCGUGCAUAUGAUUUCACCGGUUAUAAGCGAGUGACUUUGUAAGAGAAAGAUAAAUCUUUAUGAAGAGGUUUCUGGGGUUGGUCUUUGAGAAUCGUAUUAUGAAUUGGUUAAAAGGGUCUUGUCAUUUAUGAGAGCCUCUGGGCAUUUGACAGAGUGAACGGUGAGCGUGUCGGUUGUACGUUGUCUGGGAAUCCAAACACGGUGGGGGCAAGCUAAUAAUAAUUGCAAUAUUUCUUUGUUUUUGCCCUGCUUAUUGGUUUUUGGGGCAUUAUGGGCUUAAGGCCAUUUGAAAAUUGAAUCCGUUAAAGCAAAGGAGGUUUUUGGGAAGGAUUCGUGGUUUCUGAUGAGUCGAGAACAGAAGCGGGUGAAGCAAGAGAAAGGGUCCGAUGUUGCCGAGAAGGUUGUGGUUGCCGUUAAGGCAUCCAAGGAAAUUCCUAAGACUGCUUUGGUCUGGGCUUUGACUCAUGUUGUUCAGCCAGGGGACUGCAUCACACUGCUUGUUGUUGUCCCUGCACAAAGUUCAGGUAGAAGAUUAUGGGGCUUUCCAUUAUUCGCAGGGGACUGUGCCAGUGGUCAUCGAAAGUCUAAUUCAGGAACAACCUCAGAGCUGAAAUGUGAUAUUACAGAUUCCUGCUCUCAGAUGAUUCUUCAACUUCAUGAUGUUUAUGAUCCAAACAAGAUUAAUGUCAAGAUCAAGAUCAUUUCUGGAUCCCCUUGUGGGGCUGUGGCAGCAGAGGCGAAGAGAGCUCAAGCCAGUUGGGUUAUAUUAGACAAACAGCUCAAACAUGAGGAAAAACGCUGCAUGGAAGAGCUGCAGUGCAACAUUGUGGUCAUGAAGCGUUCCCAGCCAAAAGUUCUUCGCUUGAAUUUGAAUGGAUCACCAAAGAAGGAACCUGAGUUAGCUUGUCAGUUGCCUCCUGAACAUGAGAAAGGGUCUGAAAAACAUCCUAAUAAGAAGGAUGACUCUUUAAAUUCCAUUCGAGGGCCUGUCGUUACACCAACUAGUAGCCCUGAGCUAGGGACGCCUUUUACAGCCACUGAAGCUGGAGCUUCAUCGGUGUCUAGUUCUGAUCCAGGAACUUCACCGUUUCUCAUUUCAGAAAUAAAUGGAGAUCUGAAGAAGGAAGGAUCAAUAGCAGCUAAAGAAAAUCAGGAUAUUGAUGAUGCUAGUUCAGACUCUGACUGUGAAAAUUUGUCCAUGUCCUCAGCAAGUUUGAGGUUCCAACCAUGGGUAGCAGACUUUCUGAAUUCUCAUCGACACGCCUCACAGCACAUAGAAGAAAGCUCACACAAAUCUAAUUAUAAGCCUCAACCAUCAUCAACAAAUUCUCUAGAAAAAUUCACGAAACAUGACAGGGAAGCUGGAGUUGGAAUGCCAAACUACAGGAGUGAUAUAGAUUUUAGUGGAAAUGUGAGAGAAGCAAUUUCUCUUUCCAGAAAUGCGCCUCCUGGUCCCCCUCCAUUAUGCUCAAUAUGUCAACACAAAGCUCCCGUAUUUGGAAAGCCUCCAAAGUGGUUCAGCUAUGCAGAACUGGAGCUUGCUACUGGUGGAUUUUCACAAGCCAAUUUCUUGGCAGAAGGAGGGUUUGGAUCUGUUCACAGAGGGGUGCUACCAGAUGGCCAAGCCGUUGCAGUCAAGCAACACAAAUUAGCUAGUUCUCAAGGGGAUCUUGAAUUUUGCUCUGAAGUGGAAGUACUGAGCUGUGCUCAGCACCGCAAUGUGGUUAUGUUGAUUGGAUUCUGUAUUGAGGAUAGAAGAAGAUUAUUGGUUUAUGAAUAUAUAUGCAAUGGGUCGCUGGAUUCCCAUCUAUACGGGCAGCGUCGACAACCAUUAGAAUGGUCUGCACGGCAAAAAAUUGCAGUUGGAGCGGCUCGAGGGCUGCGGUAUCUACAUGAAGAAUGUAGAGUGGGUUGCAUUGUCCACCGUGACAUGCGUCCAAACAAUAUCCUAAUUACACAUGAUUUUGAACCAUUGGUUGGGGAUUUUGGCCUUGCAAGGUGGCAGCCAGAUGGAGACACCGGUGUGGAAACCAGAGUAAUUGGAACAUUUGGAUAUUUGGCUCCAGAAUAUGCUCAAAGUGGUCAAAUCACGGAAAAAGCUGAUGUAUAUUCCUUUGGGGUGGUUCUGGUGGAGCUAGUUACAGGGAGAAAAGCUGUGGAUCUCAACCGGCCUAAGGGCCAGCAGUGUCUCACUGAAUGGGCACGGCCAUUAUUAGAAGAAUAUGCAAUUGAUGAACUUGUUGACCCAAGGCUGGGGAAUCAGUAUUCAGAACAGGAGGUUUAUUGCAUGUUGCAUGCAGCAUCGUUAUGCAUACGCCGGGAUCCUCAAUCGAGGCCUCGAAUGUCGCAGGUGCUAAGGAUACUGGAGGGUGACUUGGUCAUGGACACAAAUUGUGUGUCAACGCCAGGGUAUGAUGUGGGAAACCGGAGUGGUCGACUUUGGGCAGAGCAACAGCAACAUCAACAAUGUCAUGUUCCCUUGGCAGAUGAAGCAUUGGGAGACUUCAGUGGGAAGCUGAACCUGGAGAAUUUAAGGUCAACAUAUUGGGAGAGGGACAAGGCAAGGAGGACUUCAUGUGAAGAUGAUUUGUAGAGUGCUCACCCUUGUUGAGCUAUAUUUUGGUAUGCUUAAUGUGUAUGUGACACUUCUAUAAUUUUCAUUUUAUUUUUGAAUUUCCUUUUGUAUUUCGCAUAGUGCCACUAGAUUUUGGUUGUUUUGUAUAGUACGAGAGAGGGGACUAGAAGUAGAGAAUACGAAGGUUUUGUAAUUCUUUGGGAAAUGAAGGAAAAGUUUUGAAAAAACUGGGAGGAUAUGGCUUUCCCUGGAAUAGAAGCUCUUGAAAAAUAUAUUGCGCUCUCAUGUUCCACCCCAUUAAAGCACUGUUUAGUACGUCUUUAUAAUUUGAAUAUUAUUUUUAUGAAAAAUAAUAUAUUUAUUCUGUACAAUUUUGUUUAUACAACAUUGUGAAACGAGAUCAACAAUCUAUCAAUAUUCAAUAUGUACUAACAAAACAUUAAAAAAAAAAAAAAUUGUGUUCAAUUUUUAAAUUGCCUUGAAGGAAUGAAAUUGAAAAUUAAAAAUUAAAAUGAUAAGCUUGUCAUAGGUUAUAUAACGAAUGGACAUAUCUAAGCGCACUACGAUGCUCGACUUGAGUAAUUUGUUGGAUACACGACUUAGAAAUUGGAAUAAGAAGGCCUUUAGAAUUUAAAAAAAAAAAAAAAAAAAAAAAAAAAAAGAAAAAAAAGAAAAAGAAAAAAGAAAA